UCCCACAAAAUAACUUUGUCCACUCUCCUCAACUGCAGCACCACUGCGACCACAAAAUGUCGGAUUUGGAAAAUUCCAUCGCCACCAUCAUUGAAGUUUUCCACAAGUACUCCGAGAAGGAAGGAGACAAGCACAAACUGAAGAAGAGUGAACUACGAGAACUGAUCAACAACGAGCUAUCAAACUUCUUGGGGCACAUUAAAGACCAGGCCACGGUGGACAGUUUGAUGGAGAGCCUGGAUGCGGAUGGAGACUCGGAAUGCGACUUCCAGGAGUUCAUGACCUUCAUCACCAUGGUGACCAUCUGUUGCCAUGAGUUCUUUGAACACCAUGAAGACGAGUAGGUUUGAGGGCGGGGGGAAAUGGCCUAGCUUGACAGGAUAAAUGUAAUGUAAACCUUUUAACACACAUUUUGUUUUGCACUUAUUAGACUCUGUAGUAAUUUGGGGCGUGCCUUAUCUCGUGUUGCAUCACAGAGUCUUUAUUUAAUUAUCCCGUGUUCGGUAUUGUUUGGUGGAAGCCGGGAUCCCUUCCCACAAUUCCUUGUGUGCAGAGGAUAUUAACGCUUCCAUGGUGUUAUUAGGCAGUGACUGUCAGUCCUGAAAAGGGUAACAACAAAUGCCUUUACACAGCUGCCUGUAUGCUGUUCAUGGUUUCAGUUAACAAUAUGAGGAGACAAAAAAUUAAAUACAUUAAAUGCAUCAAAAAUAGUUAUAGUUACGACACAAAGGGGUUGGGUUUUUGUUGGAAAUAUAAGCAAUUUUGCAUUUCAAAUAAAUAAAUCAAAUAAAUGCAUUUCAUGAACAUAAUUAGUCAUAUUUGUCAGAAAUGGGAAACCAAAGGAACCACAAUGCACCGAUCAUCAGAAACACAGCCACUGCUGUGUGUGUCAUAAUCUUCUGCUGAUAAAAAAUGACAAUGAAUGUGUGUUUCUGAACAAAACUUGUCAAUCAACCAUCCAGUCAGUCAGUCUUUAUUUUUGUAUAACACCCUUUACAAACAGGUUGCCACACAAAACUUCACUUGGACAAUGGAAACCGAGAUCAAAAUCUAAAAUCAUAAUUUAUAUGCAUGAAAUGGAUCCUACACACAGCCUUCUGUGGACCACAAAGGCUUCACACAAUGUGAACAAUACAAAUCUCAAACCUCAGCAAGAAGACAAUGCAUUCAUCAAAUUAUUAGAUAUGAGUUUUUCUAACCUCUCUGCAUGCAGAACACAAUGCUUAGAUAAUGGUAUAUUUCUGUUGUAUUAAAUCUCAUAUCAGGCUUGUAAGGGUGAUAUUAAAGAUAAGGAAUUAUAUUAUUUAGAUUUUUGACUUUUACUGAGUCUUCAAAUGCCCUUGAAUGACAUGAGUUCCUAUAUCUGCUUUUGUAUCUCCUUUCCUGAGCGUACUUUAUAUAAAAUGUCCUGCCAAAAAGACUUCAUAAAGCAUGUGUUAACAUCUUUUAUGACAUUCCUUAGAAAAUGCAAUGACUUAUGUUUUUUUUUUGUUAUUAGCUUUAGUGUUUCAUGCUGAAUUCAUUUCCUGUUGCAAACAGCAUCGUCCUUUCGAAGUGUAAAACACUGCCCUCUGGUGGGAAAACAACAGAUCAGAUCCACAUCAGAUCCACGCCCAUUGCGACACAGUGCCUAUAGUAUAGUACAGGGCUCCCCAAUCUUGUUCUGGAGAUCUGCAGUACUGUAGGGUUUUUUAAACCCUGAUUUGGCACACUUGAUUAGCAGCUCAAUGAGAUAUCUAGCUGUUGAUUGGUUGGAAGGUAGAUCUCCAGGGACAGGACUGGGCAGCCCUGCAAUAGUAGAACCUCUAAAGCAAGAGUGCAACAGGAGAGGAAGCAUUUGGAACAACUUUAUUUGAAAUCAUAGGAAAUGGUACUGUACCAAAAUAUAAUUUUUACUAUUAUUAUUAUUGUUGUUGUUGUUGUUGUUGUUGUUGUUUUUAGAUAGGCUACUCUCAUUUUGUAACCAUUAAGCUUAGUUUAAGUAGUUUAUUGGCUUGCAGCAAUAAUCAAACCAUAGCUAAUGAUAGUCUGAUAAGGGCCCUCCCAGCCCCUGUAUCUCUGCUGGCAGACUGUGUAAUGAAUGGAAGCAGGGGCAGCCAGAAUAAACUUACACUUAUCUGCACUCUGCUGAAUUGAUGCAGGCCAUUGCAAUGCUGAGACGGGCCUCCUAAAGCAACCGAGCAUUCAAAAAAAUUACAAAAAGAAAAGAAAAGGGUGGAUUAAUUUCAUUUUGAAAAAACAAUGCUCCGGGUCAAACACUCAAGCAAAUGUCUCCUCCUCACUGUUGCGAAAAAAGGAAAAUCAUUCACAGGCUUGGUAUUCUGGAAGAGAAAUGAUCCAAUUAUUUUGAAAAGGCACAAUAAAAAACAUGAGGCAGAUCCUGCCUAUGGUACAAGAACUGUAUAUCAUAAACGAAAGCCCCAAGGCCAUUUCAAUUGUUUAAAUGCGGGUGAAAUUUGACGUGACAUUUUAAUCUAUUCCAUCGUCAGCUACAGCUUGCUCUUGGUGUGUUUCUCCAACUCAAUUAAACUUCAAGUUGUCCCCUUGACAAAUGUAUUUGAGAGAUAGUUUUAUCCAUGCCAUUGUCUCAUUAAAAGAAAGAACACGGGCAGAUAAGACAGAUAAGGGAGACAAACAUAUGAAAAAUGUAUGAUAAUUGUGUUUGUUGAGCUCCUUUGGCAUAAUGCGUUCAAGCUCUCUACCCUAAUGCUGUGCUGUAGUUGAUUUAUCACAACCUGUCUGACAGCCGUGUGUGGAGUUAUGGGGGGCUAAGUUUAAAAUUCUUUGGGGCUGCACAAUUAAAUCCCAGAAAUAUC